UAGAAAGAUAGAGGUAAAGGUUCCUCUGUAGUCACGUGUAGUAAUUCAUUUACUAUUUCGAAUCGCCGCUAGCUCCGAUGGGGCCCAAGCUCGGAGGUUGCAACUUUGAAAAUGACGAGAAAUUUAUCGUUGUUGAAAACCUCCGCGCAUUUGAAGCUCUAACUAAAUCCAAUCCCACUACGUAUCACCUUUUUUUUCGACGACCACCUUCUCCCUCCCGCCCGUCUCUCAGACCACCCCCAAUUGACUCGUUCUCCAUCUCCACAAUGUUCCGCGCAGCAUUAAUUCGAACCGCCGCUACGGCGUCCCGCGCCGCUGUCGCUCGACCUAUCGCCAGAAGAGCCGUCGUCCCCGCCAGAGCUGUCUUCGCCCCUGCGCCCCGGCUCGCUGCCUUCCAGACCGUACGAAUGUAUUCUGCUGGUAGUGGACUGAAGAAGGAGGAGGUCGAGGGUCGCAUUAUGAACCUCCUACAGGGUUUCGAUAAGGUCAACGACCCCAGCAACAUCAAGCCCACUGCGCAUUUCUCAAACGAUCUCGGCCUGGACAGCUUAGACACAGUGGAGGUUGUUAUGGCGAUAGAAGAGGAAUUCAGCAUUGAAAUCCCCGACAAGGACGCAGAUGCUAUUCACAGUGUGAACCAAGCUGUCGAGUACAUCUUGAGCCAGCCGGAUGCGAACUAAGGCAUUCCAUCUUGUACAAUAACACAGCUAUAUAACUUCUAUAGCAAUGACGCGUACUGGCAUUUAGACUCCACGAUAGUGGCUGCUACGCACGCCUGCAACGAGUCUUAGGGCAAUGAUAGACGGGCUAUAAUCGACCAGGUCGAUAUAGUCAAAUCCCAACGAGAAAGGAUAUGAUUGAAGAUGAGCAUGGCGCGGCUAAAAUCGAAUACGAUUCCUCGCCGUUGUAUUAGUGUAUAAACCUUUCCUCCCGUCCACAAGUUGUGCCACUUUGUGUGUUUAAUCGUAUCAUCUAUACCUUA